AUGACUUACUCAUUGUUUAACCUGCUCUUUCUUACUCUCCUACUCGGAGUCGCAAGCUGUGGUAUAGCAGUCCUUGUCCUGAUCCAUGCCCUGUCGGUGUCACAGAACAGUGAAAUCCCAAAGUGGCGGAAGAAAAAUAGCCCAACCCAUCUCCUCGCCGUUCUCGGCAGCGGUGGGCAUACCGCAGAAAUGUUCUCCAUGUUACGGCGCAUGAACCUCGACCCUUCGGUAUACACUCAUCGGACAUACGUCGUGAGCUCGGGUGACAAUUUCAGUGCGGAAAAGGCUGUGGAAUUUGAGACAAGCUGGCUGAAAGAGAACCAGGGAGCAUCAAUGUCUGUGAAUGGUCAUGGUGCUGCAGAGUCCUACUCGAUUGUCACAGUUCCUCGCGCGCGCCGUGUGCAUCAAUCAUACCUCACGGCUCCAUUCUCCACUGUUCAAUGCUUCUGGUCUUGCCUUCUUGUGCUGUGCGGCCGCCACGCUGAUCAGAAACUGGUUCCUUUGAGAUCAGCCACGCCGUAUCCGGAUGUUAUCCUCACGAACGGCCCAGCUACUGCGGUUUGUAUGGUUCUAGCUGCCAAAUUCUUGCGCCUAUGUCAUUAUCUGGAAACAUUCUUCUCUUCGAAGAACGGCCAUUACAUGGCUAGUUCAAAAGAGCAUUCAGUGAAUGCGGCAACAAACGCACAACAUGUUGACUUUCAACUCCGUACCAUUUACGUGGAAUCAUGGGCGCGGGUCAAAACGUUGAGUAUGUCAGGGAAGCUACUGCUAUCUUUGGCUGAUCGAUUCCUUGUACAAUGGCCUGCUCUAGCUGGAAAGCAGGCCUGGAAUGGUAUGAGGAAGACCGAAUAUGUGGGGGCGCUGGUGGAUUGA